GACUGCUUCGCUCUUCUUCUUUCCUUCUUUCUGUCUGUCUUUCUUUCUUUUCUCUCCCCCCCCCACCCCCCUGUGAACCUUGGAUAAAGUGACUCGCAAACCGAUUCGGAUCCUCUUGGGGACUCAUUGAGCCCGCGGUUCCAGUCCAUUUAAGCCCGGAAUGGAUUUUGUAUCAUUUUAGAAAAGUGGUUUAUUAAGGUUUUCAGUCCCAGGGGGUUCUGUUGGAUCCUUGUUUUCUCUCCCGCAAUCAGUUUCUUCCUUCACUUCCUUUCUGCACCAGUUGGCAUCCAGGCAUGGGCAUGGGCAUGCCUGCAGGUACAGGUACCGCGCUUCUGCUCUGCCUUGUGCUGAAUUUCUUCAGCAUUCAUGCUUUUUCCAGAGAGAGCUCCAGCUUCUGCAGGAUCCUCCGCAGCUCGAACCGGGGUGCGCGCAGAGAAGGACACACCGAGUACCGACUCCGGGUGGAAGGGGAUCCUGAAACAUACCAACCUGGAAGCACUUACAGAGUGAGUUUAUACGCCUCCAGUCCGUCUUACUUCCGAGGUUUCACUCUGAUUGCUCUGAAGGAAGGAAGAGAAGGAAGCAGCCUCGAUGAUUAUGCUGGCAAUUUCGAGAUCAUCGAUAAAGAAGACUCUCAGUUCAUGACCACCUGCCCACCUGCCGUCACAGAGAGCAUUCCCCGGAGACGCACACGGAUCCAAGUGUUCUGGACGGCGCCCCCUUCAGGCAGCGGUUGUGUGAUACUCAAGGCGAGCGUGGUACAGAGGAAGAUAAUAUUCUUCCAGGAUGAGGGCUCUCUCACCAGGAGGCUGUGCGAGAAAGAUCCUCUUAGAACCACAGAGAAGCCGCUGCAGGAGUGCUGCGCAUGUGGAACGGCCAAGUACCGGCUCACCUUCUACGGGAACUGGAGCGAAAAAGUGCAUCCCAAAGAUUAUCCCCGCCGAGCCAAUCACUGGUCCGCUCUGAUCGGCGCGUCUCACUCCAGGAAUUAUGUGCUGUGGGAAUACGGAGGAUACGCCAGCGAGGGUGUGCGCCAGGUGGCCGAGUUCGGCUCGCCCGUCAAAAUGGAGGAGGAGAUACGUCAGAAGGGGGAUGAUGUCAUGACCGUGAUCAAGACGAAAGCUCAGUGGCCGGCCUGGCAGCCUCUCAAUAUUCGCGCCGCUCCCUCGGCCGAGUUCUCUGUGGACCGAUCCCGUCACCUCAUGUCAUUUUUGACCAUGCUUGGCCCGAGUCCUGACUGGAACGUUGGUCUGAGCGCUGAGGAUCUGUGCACGGCUGAGUGCGGCUGGGUGCAGAGACUCACCAAAGACCUGCUGCCAUGGGACGCCGGGACAGACAGCGGACACAGCUACGAGUCCCCUAACAAACCGACAGUCCCUCAGGAACGGAUUCGGCCCCUCACCAGCCUCGAUCAUCCCCAGAGCCCUUUCUACGACCCUUCAGGAGGCCCGAUAACACCCCUGGCCCGACUGCUGGUGGAAAGGAUCGCCAGGAAGGGAGAGCAGUGCAACACGGUUCCUGACACGGUGGACGAUAUUGUGGCCGACAUAGCCCAGGAGGAGACUGAAGAGGGAGACAACACUCCAGAGACGUGUAUCUACUCGAACUGGUCUCCGUGGUCGGCGUGCAGCUCAUCCACGUGUGCAAAGGGUCUACGCAUGAGGCAGAGGAUGCUGAAGGCUCAGCUCGAUGCUGGUGUGCCGUGCCCUCACACGCAGGACUUCGAACCCUGUAUGGCACCUGGCUGUAGCGAAGAGGAGGCAUCUCCGUGCAUGCUGUCCGAGUGGAUCAUCUGGUCUCCAUGCAGCGCGACAUGCGGGAUGGGCAUGAGAUCCAGAGAGCGCUACAUUAAAGUGUUUCCGGAAGAUGGCUCGAGCUGCAGAGAGCCCACAGAGGAAACGGAGAAGUGUGUUGUCAACGACGACUGCUCCCCCAGUAGCUGUAUCGUAACCGAGUGGGCCGACUGGGAGCCAUGCAGUGUGAGCUGCGGCGUGGGGAUGAAAAAGAGGGCGAGGAUGAUGAAAAUGCCCGCAUCUGAUGGCUCUGAGUGCCGAGCCGAGCUGGAGGAGGUGGAGAAGUGUAUGAUGCCUGAGUGCAAUGUCUUGUCCUGUAUGGUAUCAGAGUGGACUGACUGGGGUCCCUGCAGCGUGUCGUGUGGGGUGGGAAUGCACAUACGGCGGCGCAUGUUGAAGACCCCAGCGCUGCCCGGCCAGUGUACAGAACAGCUGGAGCAAGUAGAGAAGUGCAUGAUGCCUGAGUGCCCUGUGGACUGUAUGCUGUCCGAGUGGACCGAGUGGUCCGAGUGUAAUAAGUCCUGUGGGAAGGGUCACAUGAUCCGCACCCGCAUGAUAAAGUUAGAGCCUCAGUUUGGCGGAGUCCCGUGUCCUGAAACUGUGCAGAGGAAGCGGUGUAAGAUCAGGAAGUGCACACGGGGCCCACGGGCCAGCGACCGCAAAAAAGCCAAGCAAGAUGCCACAGAGCGGCGGAGAGCUAAAGCGGGCCGGGAGUCUACCUGGGCAAACGAGGAGAUACCAGCAGGUUGCAAAUUAGGCCCGUGGUCCAGCUGGACGGACUGUACCAAGCAUUGCGGCGGGGGGGUCCAGCAGCGUGUGAGGCCUGUGAGGAAGAAAGGCAAAGGCAAAUGCAGGCCCAUGAGAGAGAUCCGCAUGUGCAAUGAGCAUCCCUGCUAAAGAACUCUACAUUUCUUAUACACAGACACGAGUACAAACACAAACACACACAAACAGAGGUGCAGAGUGUGAGGUCUUUCCAGACUGGUUAGGUGGUGUCUAGCGAUUUUAGAAUAGUACACACACACUUAGAGACAACCACACAAGAUGUCUGUGAUUAGUUUUAGUUGCCUUUUCAGCAGCUAUAUGUAUUACUAUCUAACCAACCAACUUCAGUCACACACUAAAACACACAGCUUGUCUUUCUUUACAGAAUAUUAUCAGUCAUUUCAUUUUACAGUUGAUAUUAAAGUUUACUUUUCACACAGUAAAUCACCAUUUGCCCAUUUACGCAGACAGCAUUGCAGUGCUGAAAGGGCUAAAUUGUCAUCUUAAUCCUGAUUAGGUCUAGCCUAAAUAUCAUGUGCUUUAACCCUCUAAUCUCCCAGGACACAUCAGUGGGUCCAGACUUGGAGUCCUUGCUCUUGUAACUACACACUUGUCCUAUUAGUUAAACUGUGCUAAAUAAUUCAUCGUAGUAAUUUGAUAUAAUAUUAUACAAUUAAGGAACACAACACUUCAGGGUAUGCCGUUAUAGAAAAAUAAUCAGCAGCAUAACCUGACAUGAAGCAGAGUUACUGUUACCACCCUGAAAUUGCUUAUUUUACUAUAACAGCAUGUUCCAAAGUGUUUUAUUCUUCUUAUUCCACAGCAACGUGCCAACAACUUUUUUUUAAACUUAUUUUUGUACAAGUUCGUUCCUGUUUCACUUGUUCUCUCACCAGCUUACCUCCUUUAAGAUAAUAAGACAAAAAAUACAGUGUCUUGCAAAAGUAUUUGGUGUUUGUCCUGUUUUGUCGCAUUACAAGCUGGAAUUAAAAUGGAUU